GUUGCUUGCGGGAUCUCGACGCGUUUGGAGGAUCUUUUCUUUUUCUCCUUUGGUUCGGUUUGCGCGCGAAACAGGAAAAAGUUGUGACAAGUUCAAGUUCAGGUUUGCAAAGAACUGUUAGUGCGGACAACUUUUUGGUGUUGGAGAAAAAGGUGUUUGACUUUCAAUCUAGUGGUGGAUGUGAAAAUUGAUAAAUCACAAUGCGAAGAACUUUGUUCAUUAAAAUUGUGGUGAUGAUGCUGGUUGGUGUGAUGCAAGUGAAAUGGAUUGCAGCUGGCGAUACGUUCAUAGAAUUGGAUCAGUACUACCGAAUGCCGCGGAUAUACGCGUACGAUGACUAUGACGAGUGUUUCACCAUGUAUGAAUCACCUGAUCCGGUGUAUUGCGUUGCUCGAUCGGUCAUCAAACCGGACAACCAGUCCGAACUGUGGAAAUUCAUUCAGGAUUUCUCCAGUGACACAUACCGACACUAUCGACACGAGCACCUGGAUAGAGGCUUAUGUGUAGAGCGUUGUCGCAAACUCGUGGCAUCACUAGACAACGAGACCAUCCAGCAACUUAAUGUGGGAAAGUUUGAUAUCAAUUUUCCGUACAUUAUCAAAUCGGAAGUAUUCGAAGACGUAAAUGUUCACCAGGAUCGCGCUCUCUACGGCCAGCUCAUCAACAUCUGCGAGAACUACAUCCUUCGGAAGGUGUACAACUUGACGGCCUACACCGAAAUCGAGUACUGUUCCCGUCCCACGCAACAAAUCGACGUCGACAUUCUGGACUUGAGCUUCCUCGUCAUUACGAUGAUUCUCAUCUGUUUAGUGAUCACGUCCACCUGGUUCGACGCCCGCAUGAACAAAAGCAAAAACGUCGAUCACUAUCUCGCGGACAUCCCGUGCAAAAAAACCAUGAUCUACACAUCUUUCUCGCUAAAACGGAACUGGUAUCGGCUGAUCAGCCGCUCAAAGGACCAGCUCAACGAAGAUCUGCGCUUCUUUCAGACGUUCCGCUUCCUGACGUUCUUCCUGGUGAUCAUGGGUCAUUGCUCCGACAUGUUUGCAGUAACUCCGAUCAGCAACACCUUCGAACGGGAAAGGGAAUACUACAAGCCGGAAGCGCUGGCCCUCAUCAACGGGUCGCAGGUCGUGCAGACGUUUUUCCAGAUGAGUGGCUUUCUGCUGAGCAUACACUUCUUUACGACUCGUGCGAAACUGAGGGAGGUUCGUUGGACGGUGGUGCUGGUGGUGAUUGUUUAUCGUUUUAUUAGGCUGACUCCCGCUUAUGCUUAUGUGCUGUUGCUGCACGCCACCUGGCUGCCUAAAAUGCAGGACGGACCGCUGUGGAUGCGUGGAACACAAACCGAGAAAUACUUCUGCCGCAAGAAUGGCUGGACGAACUUGCUGUAUAUCAACAACUACGUCAAUGCUGAUGAACCGUGCCUCCAGCAAGCCUGGUAUCUCGCGUGUGAUUAUCAACUUUUCACCUUAGGCAUGAUUCUGGUGGUAGCGGUCACAAAGUACCCCAAAUUACGAACAGCCAUUAUAUCGGUAGCAAUGUUUUUUGCCUAUCUGAUUCCAGGACUAAUUGUGUACUUUGGAGCUUUUGAUGGUGCCUUUAUCAAUCGGUUACAGGACGAACGAUUCAUCUAUUGGUUCGAUCGGAUGUACCAACUCAUAUACAUUCCAUUCCACACAAACAUGGGUUGUUACUUGGGCGGGAUCAUCCUCGGCAUGAUCUACUACAAGCAACGCAAAAAUCAUCACGUAGGAAACCGAGCUUGGUACCUAAGAGUGCUCUGGUACUUUGUAGUCCCCGUGGGCUUCCUCAGCCUGAUGAGCAACUCCAUCUUUUAUGAGUACAACUUCGAAAAGCCCGCCAUCUGGAUGGCCAUAUUCUACCCGGUGGUGAAGCACAUGUGGAUCUUCCUGGGAGCGCUAAUGAUCUACGGCAUCAUUUACGAGUACAGUCGGCAAAUCAAGGGAUUCCUCAACUUUUCCGUUUUUGUACCACUUGGACGGUUGACGUACUGUGCGUACGUUUGCCACGUGUUCAUGCUGAAGAACACCUUCUUCGGAAUGCGGGAGAUGGGAUACUUCAGCAAGAUGUCGCUGAUCUCCAAAGUUCUAACAGUACUUGUGUCUUCAUACCUGAUGGGACUGAUGUUGGCACUACUGUUGGAGUUCCCCGCCACUGCUAUUCAGAAGCAUUUAUUCUCCAAAAAGCUUGAAGAAGCCACCACAGAACCAAAGCCAUCAGCCGAAAAUAAUAAUGUGAUUAUGUCGAAUGGAUCCGUAACGGUUUGAACGGUUCCAGUGUAAGCUCAACCAUCUGCAGAUGAAACGAAAGGAAUUUAACUUCAUAGACUGUAUUUACAUUCUAAGCUAAAGGUUAUUACAUAAGUUAAUAAAACUAUUUGUGAUUUGAAA